CUCUGGAGUUAACCGAAAAGGCAGGUCAGGAAAGGAAAGAGGCACGUAGAUUAGGAUCAGUUUACAUGCUGGAACGCGAGUUGAGGCUUGCGUAUGCCUUGAAGCUGGAAAGGGCGGGAAUCGUGGCUCUACCCCGCCUGCCUCUCUCUCCCCUUUAUCCGUUUCUCGCAGCAGUCUUCGGGUUACAUAAAUCGCGGCGUCCCACUUGAGGUUCCGCAGUUGCACGGCCGAUUUAGAGCUCUGGCUGGGCUUUUCCUCCCCCCGCCCCCCUUCCAGGAUUUUCCCUUUCUGCUCCUCGAAGCCUUCGGGGCUGUGAUCUCCAAUCGGCCGUCGGCAAAACCCUCUUGCCCGUUAGCUAAAAGCUCGUGCAGUGGAGUCCCGGAUGGCUCUGGACAGCGGAGAGUUUUUCUUCAGGUGGGCGGUUGGGGCCGCCUCGGCCUUAGCUCUGUUGGCGGCCGCCGCCGUCUCCUUCCUGGCGCUUCGCAACUAUCGACAAUGGAAAGAGAUGAAGGCCAUCCCGGAGAUCAGACCCUGGUAUCCAAUCCUGGGUAACUCUCUGCUCGCGGAGAGCGACGGCGAAGGUUUCUGGAAACAGAUAAUUUAUUUUUCAGAAGAAUUUCGCAAUAUGCCACUGCUAAAACUUUGGAUAGGACCAUUCCCUCAUUUGAUCUUAUAUCACCAAGACACUGUAGAGGUUAUCUUACGUAGCUCAGCAUUUAUCGAGAAGUCCUCUCUCUAUCGAUUUCUUCAGCCUUGGCUAGGAACAGGACUUCUAACAAGCACUGGGGAAAAAUGGCACUCCAGAAGAAAAAUGUUAACUCCAACUUUCCAUUUCACAAUCUUAGUAGAGUUCCUUGAGGUGAUGAUUGAACAAGCCAAUAUCCUUGUUCAAAAUCUUGAACAAUAUCUGGACAAAGAUCCAUUCAACUGCAGUUUAUACAUUGCAUUAUGCACUCUUGAUAUAAUCUGUGAAACAGCUAUGGGCAAAAAUAUUGGUGCACAAAAGAACAAAAAUUCAGAUUAUGUCAAAGCUGUCGAAAGUAUGAGUGAUCUAAUUCAUCAUAGACAGAAAUCACCAUGGCUUUGGCCCAACCUUUUGUACAGAAUAUCUGGAGAAGGAAGGCAACAUUACAUGAAUCUGAAGAUACUUCAUAGCUUUACAGAUAAAGUUAUUGAAGAAAAAGUGUGCAAAAUAAAGCAACAGGAGCAAUAUCAAAUUGGUGCUGCCAGCAGCAACCACCUAAGAAAGCACAAAGAGAGGAAAGCUUUCCUCGAUAUGCUUCUGAAUGCCAGAGAUGAAGAUGGGAAGCAGUUGAGUUACGCUGGUAUACGAGAGGAAGUGGAUACGUUUAUGUUUGAGGGUCAUGAUACAACUGCUGCUGCCUUGUCCUGGGCUAUUUACUUACUUGCAAGGCAUCCAGAAAUCCAAAGAAAAGUUCACAAUGAACUGGAUGAAGUUUUUGGUGAUUCUGACCAUCACAUCACAAUGGAAGAUUUGAAAAAACUGCGAUAUCUGGAGUGUGUCAUUAAAGAAGCACUUCGUCUUUUCCCUUCUGUUCCACUUUUUGGCCGUAUUCUGAAUGAGGACUGCUAUAUUAGAGGAUAUAAAAUACCAAAAGGGACUGAUGUCAUAAUUCUGCCAUAUGCAUUGCAUAGAGACCCUGACAAUUUCCCAGAGCCAGAGGACUUCAGACCAGAGCGUUUUUUUCCUGAGAAUUCCGCUAGCCGACACCCAUAUUCUUAUAUCCCUUUUUCCGCUGGGCCCAGGAAUUGCAUUGGUCAACGCUUUGCCCUGCUAGAAGAAAAGACAAUUCUAGCAACCAUAUUUCGACAUUUUUGGAUUGAAACUAAGCAGAAAUGUGAGGAUGUUCAUAUGGUUGCAGAACUGAUUCUUCGUCCAAGCAAAGGCAUCUGGAUUCAGCUAAAAAAGAGACCAACUUGCAAUUCUUCGUAUAAGAAACUACAGGAGUAGUACAUUCAAUCAUUUCAUCGAUAAAAACCAUGCAUUUUGAUGAAUGGACAAUAAAAAUGACUGACAAUGAAGAAAGUAGCUUGCUUUUAGAAAACAAUUACAAUCAAAGAGUUUUGUGAUUGUGGAUCAAUGCUCAAAUAAUUAACUAUACCGAAACAAAAUAAAAUACAUCAAUCACUACACAUCCGUAUGUACAUAGGGCAAUAUAACAGUAUAGUAAUAUAACAGUUGUCAAGGAUGAUAUGUUAAACCUGGUACUGCUAUGUUAGGUCAUUGGUUCUACUCAUGAAGUUUCUCAUUAAAGGUUCAUGAUGAAAGUUAGGAGUCCUGAAGAAAGCAAAGAGUAGGAAUAAAUACGAAAUGUCACUGGGCUGAAAUAAGAAAUAGAGUUCCUCAAGGAUUUCUUCUGCAAUGUUUUUUUAUGAUUUUUAACUUGUUUUUUAACUUGUUAAUAAAUAAUCUUGACUUCGAGAUAAGAGCUAGUCAUCUGCAAACUGUAUAAUGCUACCAAUAAAGAAUAAUACUAUU